UCUGCUUGCGUUCUCUUUCUUCUUUCACCCGCCUUCCCACCUUCCCACCUUCCCACCUUCCCACGGUGAACGAACACCCCUCUGUGGCAUCUGUCAAAACUCCGGCGUUGGAAACUCUCCGACGAACGUGCUCGCACCAUCGCCACCCCGUUCAACAAAGCAACAGAUCUAGAUGGUUCCCCAUUAGUUAGAAGGCGUUUCAAUUGGAGGUUACUGGCUGAAAAAGUCCCAUUUUUGAGGGGGGAAAAGAAAAAAAGAGCGCGCAUCAGUCCCUCGGUCUUUCUGCCGUCGCGAGCAACGUAGCCAGCCCUCCUUUCGAGCGGAUUUCAAACCACCUAAAUGGGCAAGGAGGAAAGCCCACAAAUUACAAGAAGAACAACAAGGUACUCUUCAGCUGCCGUUUUGAAAAAUUCAGUUGAAACUAAAGCAAGUGAUACAAACCUUCCAAGUCUAAACGACCUUUUGUAUGGAGAGGAAGGGAAACCCAUUAGCCUGGAUGAUGUGUUAUCUAGUUUCCCAGGUCGAAAAAUACAGAUUCUAGAGCUUAUGCAUAUUUUGGGUCCUGUGAAUUGCCCCAUGGUUCCUCUCUUUAUCUAUGGAGGCACUUUUACUGGGAAAACGAGCAUCACUCUGCAGAUAUUUAGGCAUCUUAAUCGGCCGUUUGUUUAUUCGGGUUGCCUUACCUGUUAUAAUCCAAGAAUCUUGUUUGAAUCUGUUUUGAACCAGCUGUUGCUUCACAGGAAGAAUGAGGCUAAUGGUUAUUCAAGUGCAAAACGCUGCGAAAGGCCAUCUGAUUUCGUUAAUUUUCUUCGUGAAGCAUUGGUUAGCGUCACGACUAGUCUUCGGGGGAAUUCAGGAAAAUCUGGUUCUAAAAAAUCAGACAAGCGAGCUAAUGGGAAUAUGGUCUACUUGAUAUUUGACAAUUUGGAGCUUGUUAGAGAGUGGGAUAAGAGUUCUACCAUAUUACCAUUUUUGUUUAAUCUCUAUGAUAUUCUAAAAAUGCCAGAAUUAGGUCUGAUCUUCAUUAGCAAUACUUCACCUGAUACAUAUUACUCAAAUAUGGGUUACGUGGAGCCUACCCCUUUAUAUUUUUCUGAUUAUUCAGAAGAUGAUCUUCGUCAAAUCUUCAUGCGAAACCAAGAAAACAAGAAGCUUUAUUCAUCCUUUUUAGAGGUUGUGCUUAGGCCUUUCUUCCGUAUUACUAGACGGGUAGAUGAAUUAUCUACCGCCUUUUCACAAUUAUAUAAGAAGUACUGUGAGCCUUUAAGUGAUCCAGGAGUAGUUCCCAAUGAAGAAAUGAAAAGAAAGUUGUUUAGUAAUCUUCAACCGCAUAUUCCUCCAUCUAUGAAUGAUAUAUUUAAAGUUUCAUCUCAGCCUUCUACUAAAGUUGGGGCCACCAAGGAGGCAAAGUGGAAAAGUGGCACAAAAAGAUCGGGAGGUUUUGAAGCUAUCGAUCAAUUAGAUCUCCAUAUGUCCACUUCUGCCAAGUAUCUUCUUCUUUCAGCAUUCCUUGCUUCAAGAAAUCCGGCUACUCUUGACGCAUCACUGUUUGAUUCUACUGGGGGUUCUGACAAUCGGAAGCGAAAGAGGAAGCCAUCUGAGAAAUCAUUGGAACAGAAGGAAGCAGUAGAACAGGACUUACUUAUGAGAGGACCUGGAACUUUUCCAUUGGAGAGACUGUUAGCCAUAUUUCAGUGUAUUACAUCAUUAGCCGAAGGUUUACUUGAAGAGGAAGAACAAGGAAAUGAUGGUCUCGGAGUUCAAGGUUACGACAAUAGCCUCAUGUCUGACGUUCUCUUGCAACUAUCCAGUUUAUGCAAUGCCAACUUUAUUGUCAAAGGAGGAAGCUGCCCGCUAGAGGGCUCAACUCGAUACCGAUCUACAAUAUGUGAAGAUCUGGCUUUGAAGGUAGCAAGGAGCCUUGAGUUCCCUCUUUCAAAGUAUUUAUACAGAAGAUAAUUUUUGAAUUUGACAAGGUAUUGUAGCAUGGUUCUCAAGUUCUUCACAAAGAUCUAAAAGAAAUUCUUGAUGAAAAUGUCGGUUCCUUUUCCUUUUUCUUUCUUACAAGCUUUUCUUGCACGAUUAAAGUAAGCAUUAGAUUUGAGCCGACAAAAAGUUACUGGUGAUUGAGUGGACAUACUGACUUGUGCCAGGUAAUAGAACAGUUUGUGGAGCAGUGGAUUGUAGUAUAAGUCGAGUAGUCCUACCAUUUAUGUUGUUGUAAUUAACUGGACUGACCAGACCCCGCAACUUGGUUUUUUCUUGUUGAGUUGAAAACUUGCUUGAUGUACAAACCUUGUUCAAAGUGUAGUAAAUUUUUUCCUCUGU